AAAUGUGUAUUACAAAAAGUGGAGAAAGAAUUCAUUGAAGUGGAGCAAAUCCUUCCCACAGCUGCAAAAGAUAACUUAAAACCAUUCCCCCGUUAGAAAAACUUUGCAUAUUAUAUUGCCUCUCUCUAUCUCUCUCUUUCUCUCAUAAUUAAACAAGAAAGAAAACCUUAAUUGCUAGUGAAGACCGAAGACCUUUGUUAAUUCAUCCAUGGCAUCAUCGUCUGUUCUUUAUACUAACUUUUUUACCGGUCUUCUUGACAUCAAGUCAUGCAAGAGAUCUCGAUCUUCCAUCUUCCAGCACCCUUUAUCAAAACAUGAGGUUCCAAGAUCACUACCCAAAAAUGGAAGCUUGCAGUACCUCGGGACCAGCUUGGAGAUCGCACCAAUUAACAGAAGAUCAAACAAGGACUUUGCCGUCUACUGCACUCCCCCAGAAGCAGGCGGGAUCUUUCCAUUUUGGCCCCUUACAGAAAACUUUUGGCCCCCUACAGAACAUUCUUGGACUUGGCUACUAGGCUUGGUGGCAUUAGUACCCGUGGCUGCCCAAAGAUUGUUAACGUUGACCAAGGAAGUGGAUACCGUGGCUGAGACGGUGGAGAAAAUGGCAGAAUCCGUGGAAAACGUGGCGGAGGACGUGGAGAAGAUGGCGGAGGAUUUUGCCGAGAAGCUCCCAGAAGGCAGUAAACUCAAGCAAGUUGUUGCUUUUGUUGAAAAUGCUGCCAAAGAAACGGAAAAGGAUGCUCAACUGGCUCAAGAUUUCAUGGACAAGGUUGAGGAAGUGGAUGAGCAAGUGGAAUCUAUGCUCACAAAUGGAUCAAAAGGCACUGUGAAAGCAGCAGCAAAUGAUCAAAAGUAGACAGAUUCCUCAACUGCGCAGUGGGCCGGACAUGCAUGUUGUAACAUUUUGUCUGUAAAGUCAUUCACUACUUUGUCAGUAAAGUCUUCUUUUUUAGCUCAUUAAUAAUAAUAAGAUCUAGUUAUGUCACUCUAUCCUUGAGAUAAUUCAUGUUUGUUAGUCGAUUUGUUAGUUCUUUUGGCACUAGAAAUUCUUGUACCAAACCUGUUGUUUAUAUAUACCAUGUUCUUUAGGCCUUGUUUGGAUUGCUUGUUUCCGU